GACAAUAAGGACGAUUAAAACCAACAAUAACAAAUAUUGAGAUUUUCUAAGCCAAGAUUAAUCGAGAGUUUCAUCGCGCAACUGUGAGAUUUGCACCCAAGCAUCAGGCCGAUAAGAAAACCCCUCAUCGGUGAAAUAUGAAUAGUAGCCAACCAUACUGGAACUAGAGGCCAAAUCCCAACCUCAUUUCCACAAAGUUACAUUCAGGAGGGAAAAAGACAAGAAGAGAGACGAGGACGAAGGGUUGCUCCGCCACAUUAUUUUAAUAAAAAUUUAACCACCACCACCAAAACAACUGAUAAUAUUCAAUUAUAUUUAAUAAUUAACUCACAUAAAAAAUAAUAAUUAAAUUUGGAUUAUCUUAAUUCAAGCUCUCUCCAAUCUUUGUUUUCUAUACUUCUGUGGUACUACCCACAUUUUGAAGUCAAACAAAGGUUUUACCAAUCUCUUCCCUCUACAAGACUUCCUCUGUUUUGAUUCUUUUUUGUCCCUAAAGGGUAGUUGAAUCUUUUGCUCCAAACAAUAAAUAGAAGACUUGUUACAAGUUGAGUGUUUUCAGGUUUGAGUCUUGUUCAUGGGUUUCAGAAUAGUUGGUGCAAGUUGAUGGGUUAAGUUUGAUUAUGAGUUUGAUACUCAGAUGGAUCGACUUUGGUUUAGAAUAAUACGAUGAUGGAGGGAUCAGAUAACUGGAAAUUGAGACCGGUUAACUGUUUCAUCCUUUGCCUCUUCUUUUCUAUUCAAUCAGCUCUUGCCCAAGAAGGUUUCGUCAGUAUACAGUGUUGUGCCGAUUCAAAUUUUACAGAUCCAAUUACCAGAAUUAAUUGGAUAACGGAUAAUGAUUGGUACCCAGAUAAAUUAACUUGCCAAAACAUAAUCAGGCCAGUGCAAAAUGACACGGGCUAUGACAAAGCUCGAUUGUUUAGCUCAUGGUUUGGCGACAAAUGGUGUUAUAACCUAACGACAGUGAAGGAUCGAGACUAUCUUAUAAGGGGAACAUUCCUUUUAGGAGACGUGCAAAGCUCUUUUUAUGUUUUGAUCGGUGUGACACGGAUAGGUAUAGUGAACUCGUCAAAUGAUAUGGAAAUCGAGGGCGUUUUUAGAGCUACGAAUGAACAGAUAAACUUCUGCUUAGAGAAGGAGAAGGGAGAUCCUUACAUUUCGAAGCUUGAACUGAGACCUUUGAAUGUUUCUGAUUAUCUAAAGCGAGAACCUUCAAGUGUUCUGAAAUUGAUUGAUAGAGUUGAUGUUGGGAGUGAUGUACAGGAGAUCAGGUAUCCAUAUGACCCAUAUGAUCGAAUCUGGAGAAAGGAACUGAACCAAAACCAAACAGCCAAUCGGACAUCAUCAUCCACUGCCUAUAUCACCAAUGGUAACACAACAGCACCUCCUAUCCAAGUGCUACAAACAGCUCUAACCCAUCCGGAGCGUUUGGAGUUCCUGCACAAUGACCUUGAUACAGGGUACUACAAUUUUGAUCUUUACCUAUACUUUCUUGAGCUUAACAACACUGUUCAAGCUGGGCAAAGGGUGUUCGAUAUUUUCACCAACAAUGAGAAAAGAGAGGAGACUGAUAUAUUGGCUGGGGGUUCCAAUUACCAAGCAGUCAUUUUGAACUUCACUGCGAACGGGUUUCUUAAUCUGACCUUGAUCAAGGCCUCAAAUGGAUCCCAAUUUGGACCCCUUAUUAAUGCUUAUGAGAUCUUGCAGGUGCACCCAUGGGUUCAAGAGACUGCACAAGCAGAUGUGGAUAUGAUUCAGAAGGUUAGGAAUGAGUUACUAAUGGGUAACCAAGAUAAUGAGGUAUUGAAAACUUGGUCCGGAGAUCCAUGUCUCCCUCUUCCCUGGCAAGGCCUGUAUUGUGAGCACAUCAAUAAUUUCCUAGUCAUCACUAAACUGUAUCUUUCUUUCAGUAAACUCCAAGGACCACUUCCUUCCAGUAUUACUGAGCUGACCCACCUAAAGGAAUUGAAUAUAAGCAACAAUGACUUUAUUGACGCCAUCCCUGCAUUCCCAGCUUCUUCCGUGUUGACCUCAGUGGAUCUAAGCCACAAUGAUCUUAUGGGAAAGAUUCCAGAAUCCCUUACCUCACUUCCAUAUUUGAAAACAUUGUAUUUUGGAUGCAAUCCUCAUUUCAGUGAAGAGACUCCUGCCAACCUCAACAGUUCAAAACUUAAAACAGACGAAGGAGUGUGUAGCAGUCAAGAAUCCUCACAUACAGCACAGCAAAUAGUCAUAGGCACAGUUGCAGGUGGAUCUUUGUCAUUCGUAACUGUUGCAGUUGCAAUUUUCCUUGUUUGUUUUCACAAACAAAAAUUGAUGGCUAUGGGAAAAUGGGGCAGCAAAGGACACCCAAUGGCAAAGGGUUUAGUAUUUUCUAUCCCCGGCAUGGAUGAAAUUGAUGUGAAAUCAAUUUUUAUACAAAAUUUUACUCUGGAGUGUAUAGAAACUGCCACCCAAAAGUACAAAACUAGGAUAGGUGAAGGAGGUUUUGGAUCCGUUUAUCGUGGUACUCUAACUGAUGGUCAGGAAGUGGCAGUGAAGGUCCGUUCAGCCACUUCAACUCAGGGAACUCGUGAAUUCAAUAAUGAGCUCAACCUUUUGUCAGCUAUUCGGCAUGAAAAUCUGGUCCCACUCCUGGGGUACUGUUGUGAAAAUGACCAACAAAUUCUUGUUUAUCCUUUCAUGUCCAAUGGCUCCCUACAAGAUCGGCUCUAUGGGGAAGCAGCAAAACGAAAAACUCUAGACUGGCCAACCAGACUUUCCAUUGCUCUUGGUGCUGCUCAAGGUUUGAUGUAUCUUCACUCAUUUGCUGGGCGCUGUGUCAUACAUAGGGAUGUAAAAUCGAGUAACAUACUCCUCGAUCAUAGCAUGUGCGCCAAGGUGGCAGAUUUUGGUUUUUCAAAAUAUGCUCCUCAAGAAGGUGAUAGUGGUGCUUCUCUAGAAGUAAGGGGGACAGCUGGAUACUUGGAUCCAGAGUACUAUUCCACCCAGCAUUUGUCUGCAAAAAGUGACGUCUUCAGUUUUGGUGUUGUUCUACUUGAAAUAAUAAGUGGUAGAGAGCCUCUCAACAUCCACAGGCCACGCAACGAGUGGAGCUUGGUUGAAUGGGCUAAACCAUUUAUAACGAACUCAAAAAUUGAUGGAAUCGUGGAUCCUAGCAUAAAGGGAGGGUACCAUGCAGAGGCCCUAUGGAGAGUGGUAGAGGUGGCACUAGCAUGUAUUGAGCCCUUCUCUGCUUAUCGACCGUGUAUGGUUGACAUUGUCCGGGAGCUGGAGGAUGCUUUGAUCAUAGAGAACAAUGCAUCUGAAUAUAUGAAGUCCAUAGACAGCUUUGGAGGAUCUAAUCGCUUUUCCAUAGAGAGGAUGAUUGUCCUUCCACCUACUCCAACAGAAACAGAAACAUCCUCUAUCCUUUCGCAACCCGCACCUCCACAACCAAGAUAAUGGUUUGGGUUAAUGAUGUAUCUAUGAAUCACAAGUGAUGAUCGGUUUAGUAGCAUUACAUGAUCAAUGACGAUAGAUAAUGAGGUUGAUCCGUCAAUGCUCUCCAUAAGAUACUAAUGCAACUUCAUGCCCAUACAAUUUUUCAACUAGAGCAUUCUUACUAGAAACAUUUAGGCACUGUAUUGCAUAAUUUUCUUCUCAUUAGUAUACAGACUAGGAGAGGUAACUGAAAUUUGGGGCCUCAUCACUUGCACUCACCCAACCACAGGUCUCACAGGAAGUAAGAAAUACAUAGGCAACAUCAAUCAGAACAUCCAGUUAAGCUGAUAUAUAAGCAGGAAGUUCUUGAGCAAAGAUGGUGCAAAUAUAAUAGCUUAAUUCCAAUGGAAUAUAUUCUGCGGAAAGAACAUAAGAUUUUGCCUACUCAAAUAAUAUUUUUGAUAUGCACCCUUGCAAAAGGUCACAGAAGCAAGCCCAUAUUGAUCCUUGCUCUUUUAUUUGAAAGAACUGAAAGCUCUUCCAUAUAAUUUUUUCAAAAUAUAUACAUCUCUAAAAGCUACCUCUAUUUAGAAGCUUCACAAAACCCACAAGCUCAACAGCU